UUUGUCACAAUAUUAAAAACCUUUCCAUAUGGGGAAUUACAUGAUGCAUACCAAUUAGCAAGUCGGGCCUCUGAUACUUUAUAUAGGUGAUCUUUUAACAGAAUUACUCAGUUGUAGAAAACGAUCAAAUAAUGGCAGUCUAUAAUUUUCACAAUAUCCUUUUAUUCAUCAUUUUACUACAAGUUUUUCAAAAUACCACAAAUGGAUUAGAACUAACAAAACGAAGCGAAAACAUUCAAGAUUUACGGUAUAUAAAACCAAAAAAAGAAAUAGAAAUAAAAAAUAUCCAAAGUGAUGUUGCUGAACAAAGCAAACAUUCGCGGGUGAAAAGGCAAUUUGGUUUUGGUCCCUAUCCGUAUUAUUAUGGACCAGGUUAUUAUAGGCGUCCCAUAGCUAUACCAAUAAUCGUUGGCGGAGGAAUAAUUGGCGGAGGUUUUGGGGGUUUCGGGCCUGGUGGUUUUGGAGGUCGAGGUUUUGGCGGAAGAGGCUUUGGAGGAAGAGGUUUUGGCGGUAGAGGCUUUGGCGGAAGAGGUUUUGGUGGUAGGGGCUUUGGAGGUAGAGGAGGUUUUGGUGGACGUGGUGGUCGCGGAUAGUUCCGAAAAUCUUUUUUUAAAUAAAAAUGUGUUAAAAUAUUUUUGGUAGGUACCUAAGUAACUAGGUAAUUUUGUUGCAAUCCCUAUUCCCUAUCCCUGUUCUUAGAGCUUAUCAUUAUAGGAGCUUACAGGAGUUUAGAUAAUUAAGGUGGAAGAAAUUAAUUCUAGUAUCGACUAAUUUGUGAGAAUAGU